AGAGAGAGAGAGAGAGAGAGAGAGAGAGAGAGAGAGAGCUUUUCUUGGCUGAUGCCUUGAAAGGAGGAAUGGGAACAAAGGUACCAAGCAGAUACAAAAGGAGGGGAAAGAGAUGAAGCCUUAUGGGCCUCUCCAUUUCUCUAACCCGAUAUAGCUUCCAUUGGUGGGGUGUGUGUUCUUGAGAGAUUCGAAAAGCUCGUCAUAGAGUGAGACCUUUUCAUCCUCCUCCCCCCUCUUGGAAUUAGCAUCGAUUAAGAUCCGCUUUACAGCCACCAUGAUGGCAUCUUCGUCCUCCUCCUCCAACCUCAGUGAUCAUCUCGUGCAAGAUGACCUCCCAUGGCCUUCUUCUUCCUCCCUGCCAUUUGCUCCAGCUCCUCACAGCGCCGUUAUUGGAGGCAACCAUCAAUGGAGCCAGCAAACCCAAACUCUAAACUGUGCUGAUCACCACUAUCACUCCGAUGAGCUUGAGGUCCUCCUCUCAGCACAAGGCCACAGUCACAGCCAUCACGCUGCCUCUCCAUUGAUCCCUCACCAGCUCAGCUCCCUGCUAAUGAUGCAAGAGCUAGGGUUCCAAUGGAGCAACUGCAGCUUCGCGGACACCUGCUCCGUGCCCAUGAACGGCCAGCAAGAUGGGCACAGCAAGAUCAAGGAGGAGCAGCCACUUAUUAACUCAAGGUCAUCGUGUGCGGGCACGGCGGCUCUUUCUUACCAUGACGUCGAUGUCGACGGCGGCGGUCUCCCCGCCAUGGCCGCCUCCGACCUGGACGGCAGCGUGCUCCCGAGCGUCAACAUCUCGCGGCCGCAGCAGCUGAAGGCAGCGUGGCCGGCGGCGCCGCCGCCUCUCCCCGGUGACGCGUUCGAGAUACUGGCUUCGUCGAGGCUGUGCAAGACGCUGCUGCUGAGCCAAGCUUCUUCAGUGCUGCUCCAUAAUGGCAUGCCUUUGUUGAGAUCAGAGCAUGUGCCCUAUGGCCCUCCUCCUGCUCAUCCCCACCAAGGACCAUCCGGUGACAGCCACAAGCAGAUGGUGGGUGCGGCGCCUUUGGCGAACGGGGCGGCCGGGGGAGGCCGCCAUUGGAGCGCGGCGGAGCACGACGCGGCGCCGGCGUGGUGUCAAAAGGCGGCGCGCCCGGCGGUGGUGCCGGCGCAGUCGCAGGCGCCGUCGCUGAAGAAGCCUCGAGUCGAGUCGCGCUCCUCCACCAUCGUCCCUUCUUUCAAGGUAAGGAAAGAGAAGUUAGGGGAUCGAGUUGCAGCUCUUCAGCAGCUGGUCUCACCGUUUGGCAAGACUGAUACUGCAUCGGUGCUCAUGGAAGCCAUUGGGUACAUCAAAUUUCUUCAAGACCAAGUCGAGACUUUGAGCGGCCCCUACUUGAAAUCCUCCAGAAAUAAGAAACCCAGCAGGACAACACAGAGGGGGUCUUCAAACGCAAACGGUGGCGAGCAGGAGGAAGCACGGCUUGAUCUGCGCAGCAGAGGGCUCUGCCUGGUGCCUCUCUCGUGCACGUCGUACGUGACCAACGAGAAUGGAGUCUGGGCUCCACCCAACUUUAGGGGAAACUGAUUCAUGUCAGCUAGAGACACAACACAGCGGUGUACUCGGAACUAAUUGACGGUUAAUCAGAGUUCUUCCGGCCAAAAAGAAAAAAAAUAUGUAUCAUCUA